UGUGACGGAUCACAUGACGCGAAUAUGGCCUCCUGACUUGAUUUCGUCCUCUUUACAGCUGUGUCUUCUAGCUCUAUGUUGCUACCGAAAAACUCCCGUUUUUCACCGAAUCUAGCACUCCAGACCCUCCGAGCUACGGCCACACCGAAUAACUGACCAUGACGGACCAAGCAUAUGUGACUCUGGCCACAAAUGACAACUAUGCCAAAGGAGCGAUGGUUCUGGGGAGGUCGCUACGCAACCAUAACACAACCAAACAACUGGUGGUUCUGAUUGGACCGCACGUAGCAGAGCCCUGCAGGGCCAUGCUGAGUAGCAUCUAUGACGAGGUGUGUGUGGUGGAUAUCUUGGACUCUGGGGACACGGCCCACCUGGCCCUGAUGAAGAGACCAGACCUCGGAGUGACCUUCACCAAGCUGCACUGCUGGACACUCACACACUACACCAAGUGUGUGUUUAUGGACGCAGACACACUGGUGUUGUCCAACAUUGAUGAGCUGUUUGAGAGGGAGGAGUUAUCUGCUGCGCCUGAUCCUGGUUGGCCAGAUUGUUUCAACUCGGGCGUGUUCGUCUUUAAACCAUCCAAUGAAACAUACCGCAGCCUUAUGACACACUGCACUGAGAACGGCAGCUUUGAUGGUGGGGACCAAGGAGUUCUGAACAGUUUCUUCAAUACCUGGUCAACAGCAGACAUUUCCAAACACCUGCCUUUCAUCUACAACCUCAGCAGCAUCGCUAUAUACACCUAUCUACCAGCCUUCAAACAGUACGGUCAUGAGGCUAAGGUGGUCCACUUCCUGGGGAAGGUGAAGCCAUGGAACUACUCCUAUGACACCCAGACUGGGAAGGUCAAAGGUCACACCCUCACGCCUGGCUUGGGUGACCUGCACCCUGACUUCCUGGUUCAGUGGUGGAACCUCUACUCCUCUGGGGUCCUACCUGCUCUCAGAGACUCUUAUGGAGACACACUGUUCUGCUCCGGCUGCACUGAGGAGGUCGUCUGUGACCGUGUGGUUGAGAUCAUCCUCCCCCCGCCUCCCCCUCAGGCGCCCCAGGUGUCCAGUGAGGAGAGGAGGCAGCGAUGGGAGGCGGGCCAGGCGGACUACAUGGGAGCCGACUCCUUCGAAAGCAUCCAGAGGAAACUGGACUGCUUCCUCAAGUAGAGGGCCAGAGGAGGGAUGACGGAUGGAGAGGGCAUCCAUUGGCAGGCCGGAGAUGCGUCAGUCAGGGCGGGGCGGGGAACUGGCAUUCGACCAAUCAGAAGAGAAAGCGGUAGAGCAUGACGUAUUGAAAAACAGUCACAUCCUGGGCCUCUCUCUCUCUGUUUUUCUGUGUGUGUGCGUGUUCGUGCAUCUGUGUGUGGCCUGGUCCUGCAGAAAUAACCCCUGCAGAGACUGGUCCAUUCAGUGUUUGAACACCAGUUUACUACACUAUGCAGCCCCCAUACCCCCACCUCAGCGCAGAAGCCUUGGUCAGUAAGUAAUGACUCAGUAAUAACCUCACUGUGACUCUGCCUCACCAAGUCCCAUCCAGACCCCAUGACUCUAACAGCUCUAACCCAGUUACUCAGUCAAGCCUGAAAAUGAUCGGGCAGUCAUGCUCUUACUCUUUAAAGUAUUCAGAGAGGGAUCGGUAUGAGGUAUUUCCCUCUAAAAUGGAAGAACUGUUAUUUUGUUUAGGUUUGCAUCCCAGUGGUUAUUUUUGCUCUCCAUAUGCGUGUUGUGCAUGGUUGUUUCUUUAUAUUAUGAUUAUUGUGACGGAAGCCUGUUUCUAAAGUGGAAAACCCACUGUAGCGCUUGUCAUUUCGCCAUGUCCUGUUUGAUGUCAUCAUUUCCUGUUGGGUUUCCUCACGUCCUGUGUAGUCUGACCAGUUGCCUUACCACUGUCAAAGACUCCUACUACACAACUAGGCCUAUUCUAGUUGUCGCCGUUCACUGUUUACAGAAAACACUUCUCUGCUGCUGCCAAACCCCCCCCCCCCCUUCACAUCUACUCCAUUCAGACCUACCUCUACGCUCCACUCUACUCCAUUCAACCCUCCUACAGACUUACCUCUACGCUCCACUCUACUCCAUUCAACCCUCCUACAGACUUACCUCUACGCUCCACUCUACUCCAUUCAGACCUACCUCUACGCUCCACUCUACUCCAUUCAACCCUCCUACAGACUUACCUCUACGCUCCUCCAGCUCCUCUACUCAUUCAACCCUCCUACAGACUUACCUCUACGCUCCGCUCUACUCCAUUCAACCCUCCUACAGACUUACCUCUACGCUCCUCCAGCUCCUCUACUCAUUCAACCCUCCUACAGACUUACCUCUACACUCCAAUCUACUCCACCCUUCUCCACUCUCAACUUGACACCCCCCAUCUCCAACUCACCCCUCCUACAGCCCUACCGUAUCAACCCCCCCACCACCCUCCCAACAUCAACACUCUGAUACCUCUUCCUCUCCCUGAAGUGUGUACCUUCAUCCCACCUUGUGGAUUUAAAAGGAAUGGACUGGUAUGAAGAAAAUCAUGUCAGAUAUUAUUUUGACAUGGUGAAAACUCAAGUCCAUGAUUAAUCCAAUGCUUUCACAUCCAUGAAGGGGACUGAGUGAGCAGGACAAGUGCACACGGGGGCAUAAGGCCAGUAGGGAAUCCUAACACACACACACAGCCUAAAAUGAAAUAGUAAGUAAUGGGAAGUUGUAGUUUUGUGGUCCCUCUUAAUACACCCAUAAACGGCUCUAUAGAGAAGUUUCCCAACGCUGUGAAACCUUGUGUUCUGAACACACCCCGGUAGUUCUCACUGUUUCUGUUUUCUGUAGACACCUAAUAAAGGACUGUUGAAGUCUC